GGGAAAUUCGGAAAGAGCCAACUGUCGCGGCGCGCGGCGAUGCGGUUGUGACAUCGGUCUCGAGGGAGCAGUCGCGAUCGAGCGCGAGGAGUCAGUCGGAUCGCGCCCGGGGGGGUGGACCAUGAAACAUGGAUACGUCGCAGGUCGAAAGCGGCGCGACUUUGGAGGAGAAACAUAAGGAAGGCUAUGAACGCGCGCUAACGAACAGAGGUCUAACGAACAGCGUGUCCGCGUACGCGAUGCACCCGCCGAUCGCCGAUGUUAACUAGCUAGCUAAUGCGACACUUCGCGUGAUGUCCGCCGUGAGUAAGCGCGCGCACGUACACGCAACGCACACGCGCGCGCGCACAUGGGCAGGUGAAUUCGCCGAGAUAACAGCGGGUUCAAUCGCCGAAUGUGGGCGUUGAACGUGCAUCGAUUCUGGCGAGCGCCGAACACAUGUAUGUAUCGCUGCUGCACGCCCGCGAACACGUCGGCAGAUCAACAAGUCGUGCACACAAACCGCCAAGUCGCGCAAGCGGGCACUUCUCACGAGUCGCUUGUGCGGAGCGCUGGCCGUCGUGUUGUAACGUGCCGCGACCACGCGAUCUCUAACGACGUCAAGUCAAGUCAGAGAGCACGCUCGAACAUGGAGAGCGGGCAGGUUGGUGAGGUACCGACGAUAUUCCACCCCCGACGCUCGCUCACGUCCAAUGUGAUCCUCAGCGAAGAUCAGCAACGUAGCUCGUUCCUCAGUCCCGUCCAGAUCGUCGUCGAGCUUGUCGAAGCUGCAGGAUGCGAGCAGCAGCAGGGCUGCGGCGUGACGGACGGGUGCGCCGAUUCCGCGUCGAGCUGCCGCACCCUGGAGACCACCGGAAGCGGCGGUGCCGUCGGCGGCGGCGGCGGUGGUGGUGGUAGUGGUGGUAGCGGAAGUGUGCAGACUCAGCCGACGGGUCAAAGUCAGGCGUCGACUCAUGUGACCCCGACUCCGACCCCGCUCGCUCAGCAGCCGCAGCAGCCGCAGCAACCGCAGCAACCGAGCUCCCUCUCGGCCUGCUACGCUUCCUGCUGCGCGGAAAGCGCGAAGAAGAUUUACUUCGGGGUGUGCGUUACGAUAUGCGUAACCGCGAGCUGGGUCGGGGCGACCCACUGCAUUAAGUAUUUGUACUUUCAUAAGCCGGACGCCGUCUCGCAGAGCUCCACCUCGAACGCCUCCGUGAACGGACUUCAUCACCAGCAUAUCAUGCCGCCGUACAACGCGCCUUUCUUCACGACGUGGUUCUGCACCAACUGGGAGGUCCUAUACUUCCCCGUGUACUUCAUCUGCCGCGCUACCAGGACCAAGUGCGCCAGCCCGUCUGAGAUAAUCGCGGAGAGCCUGCGCGGCUUCCGCGACAAGGGCUUCACCGGCGGCCGCUUCCUGAUCAGGUGCAGCCUCUUCUGCGGCCUGUGGGUCAUCACGAAUUACAUGUACAUACAUUCCCUGAGGAUACUCUUGGCCACGGACGUGAUGGCGUUGUUCGCGACCAACGUCUCCUGUGUCUACCUAUUGUCGUGGGUCAUCCUUCACGAGCAGUUUGUGGGCGUCAGGAUAGUCGCAGUGAUCCUCUGCAACACCGGGAUCGCGCUUCUCGCCUACAUGGAUGGCAUAACCGGAAGCCCCACGCUGGGUGGCGUCGUCUUGGCUACAUCGGCGGCAGCUGGCUCUGCUGUUUACAAGGUCCUCUUCAAGAAGGUCAUAGGGGAGACCACGUUCGGUCAAAUGUCUCUAUUUUUCUCACUCAUCGGUCUGUGCAACGCCGCGCUGCUGUGGCCGAUCUGCCUGGCCCUCUACUUCUCCGGAGCGGAAACCAUGCACUGGGCGAGGCUGCCUUGGGCCACGCUGCUCUCCGCCAGCAUCCUUCACUUAGUCGCGAAUAUGCUCGGCAACUUCAGCAUCGCGCUCACCUACGACCUGUUCAUCACCCUCGGGCUGAUCACGGCUGUACCUGUGUCCGCCGCAUUGGACGUGGUCCUUUACGGGGCGCAUUUCAUGGGCAUGAAAUUAGCGGGCAUGAUCUUCAUCGCGGUCGGUUUCUUCCUCGUGAUGUUCCCAGACAACUGGCCGGACUACAUAACGAGGCUACUCCGAAACAUAGUCCUCAUGAGUCACAGUGCAAGUACCUCGGAGGGCCAGCAAGGACGCAGGAGCGUCGUUAGGAGCCGCACCGCGUCGCUGCAGCAACGCCAGCACCGGCUGCGGAGCUACGGCGUCUCCGCCGCGCACGGCGACGGCCAGACGCUGCUGCCGCUCAGCAACAGCAACAGCAAUAGCAGCAACAACCAACAACCCAUCGGAGGCGGUGGCGGCGGCAGCGGCGGCGCCGCUAAUCGGCACGUUAACAGCUCGCAAGCGCAACAACAGCAACAACAACAGUACAGCGCGACCUCCGAAACCCAACCGCGCCGUGUCCUUCCCUCCACCUCGACCUUCACCUCGACCUCGACCUCGACCUCGACCACCGCCGUCGGCAACAGCCACCGGUGCGCGAUGCCACCGUACCUCGAUCCUCGCAAUCAGCAAGGUGGAGCAGGAGACACAGGCACGGCAUGUCAGGCGGAUCGUCGCGCGACGUGAUCGAUUACCGAACCGGUUACAUAAAGUCGCACCUACGCUCGCCCUCCGGAAGAGUUCGGUGACUAAGCACACCGUCGAGCAGCGAAUCGGUAAUUGAGAGGUCCUGCCGGCGCCGGCGGCGGGUGGCCGCCAUGAUGGGUCGCUUCGCCGGCGACCCGCUGGUCAGGGCUUUCCUCAACGUGUAAGCGCGAAUCCGAUCGGAAGGAUCGGAGGGGAAAGCGCUCGCCCGCCGCUGUCUCUUCAGGUCUUCAAGGCGACGUAUCCUCAGCGCCUUCUCGACGACGACCCUCGGCUGUGGCUCGAUGGACUUUUCACCUCUUCCUCGUGCUCGCGUCGGGGCUACCUCCCGUGCUGCGAGUUCAUUGACACACACGCACGGUUCGGGCUGAGAAUAACAGCGGGACUGUCGGCCGGCGAGUAGAGUUUCUCCGGUUCUCAUUACGUAUCUCAUUACGGAAGAGAUCGCGAGGGGACUCGCUGUCGUAUAUGUACGUAACGUAAGCAAUAACAAAGCGCGAGUUCGCUCUCAAGGUUCUCGGCUUCCUUUGCGAUUGCGAUCGUGUCGGCAUGGUCAGGCGAGAAGUCAGCGGCGAGAAGUCGUGUGGAUUUUUCCUCCGCGUCGUCUCGAGUGAAUAUUUUAUCCUCUUAGACCUGGCAUCGGCGAAUUCCGUCGAACUCCGUAGGACCAGCGAAGAAUCUAGAGGUGCGACGCUUGCGCGGACUGUGUUGUCCUAUCUUGAUGCUACGAAUGUACCUUGAUGUCUCGAAUGUACAUCACCUACUGCUCAGAGUUGGGAAAGUUACUUUGUAGAAGUAUCUAGUUACAGUUACAGUUUCUCUCUUUUUCACUGAAAAAGUAACUGGUUACAGCUACCAGUUACUGAUUUUCAAAAAUAACAUGUUACAGGUAGGUAUAGUUAUUUAGAAAGU